AUGAAGACACUUAAUUGUUACGUGCUGUUACUUUGCUGGAAAGCAAUCUGCUGCAACAGCUGUCAGCUCACCAAUAUUACUAUAGCCGUGGAAAGAGAAGAAUGUGAAUUCUGUAUUACAGUGAAUGCCACGUGGUGCUCAGGAUACUGCUUCACAAGGGAUCCGGUAUAUAAAUAUCCACCAGUAUCAACUGCUCAGCAAACCUGUACCUUCAAGGAGGUUGUGUAUGAAACAGUGAAGAUCCCUGGCUGUGGUGACCAUCCUGAAUCUUUUUAUUCAUACCCAGUAGCUACAGAAUGUCACUGUGACUCCUGUGACACUGACACCACUGACUGCACUGUGAGGGGACUGGGGCCAUCCUACUGUUCCUUCAGUCAGAAUGGAAGUAACCAGUGA